ACAAUAAACGAUAGUUACAAAGGAUCGAAAAAGAUAAAAAGGUUGUCUGUUAAUCAAGUUGUCAUCAGCUGAUAACUCUGAAUGCAUAACAAACUUAGUUAAAAAAAAAAAAACCCCAAGUGUCUCGCAUUUAAUUAUAAUUAAAUCGAGAUUCUCAAUACUUCGAGGUCUUGGUAACGAGUUCAUCUGACAUCCACAAAGAAGUGACGCGAAGAAGAAUGACGUUAAAAUAAUUAUGAAGGAUUUCUUUCAAACUAACAAGAUGGCGACACCGCAAUGUAUUUGAAUAUCGCAUGAAUCGAUUCUGCGAUAGAAGUUCAACGACCUAAGAGGCGAACAGAAAGAUGGAGAACGCGACAAGCAUCGGCCGUCGGGUCGAAAAGUUGAAAAAAAAGUUCUUCAAGUAUUACUCGAGUCACUUUCCAACCCUGUUUCACGUUUCCUACGAUCCGAUAGGCACUCACAAAAAGUCACGCGCGUUCGCUGGCUUCCUCAUGGGCUUUGUCUUGGGCGUUCUUCUAUACGAAUUCAUCAUCGUUGAUCUCCACUUCGAUCGUUACACCAGCUUCGGUCUUGCUGUCGUCGUCGUCGCGAUGCUGUCCAUUGGAUGCGCUGCGUCCAUUCAGGUGAGAUGCGUUAGCCUGUUGUCGGUUGUAUCGUUCUUUGGCCGUUCAGGGCGCGGUGUGUUAAGGGCACUGGUUUUUGGGUACGUGAUCGCUGGCCCGAUGUUCAAUAUGGUGAUUAACGCGAAGGAAGUAGUGAGGACGUUCGCCUGCACUUCACAGCUGACGUACAAUCUCACCAAAACACGGUUCGACUUGAUGUUCAAACCGUUUCAACAGGCCAUUCUUUCAAUGAAGACUGACGGAGAAGAGAUAAAGGACGCACUGUCCUCGGUGAGAGACCUGAUGAGUCCUAUCGUGGAGGAAGUGGAAGGCGAAGAGGAAAUGCUGCGAUUGAAGGAGCAAAACGAUUAUCUGGACGAAUUGCAGGACGACACGAAGAGAAGCGAGGAAAUCGAAAAGAAGCACGAAAUGAAAAUCGAGGAAGCCGAGUCGGAGGCAGACGUGUACGAAGCGAAGUACAAGAAGAAGAUCGAAGCCAGGUGCGAGGAACAGCUCAGUCGGGGAGCAGACAGAUGCAGGGACAUGUUCAAGGGCGCUUACGACAGCUGUUACGAGAAAGUCACCGUGUUCGUUGCGUGGCUUCUUUGCUGGCCGAUGAAGCUGACUUUCGUGUGCAACCUGGUCCAGUCAUUGGGCGGAGCCAGCGUCUGUGAUCCCGAGGGAAAAGUUGACAACGGUAUCGGCGAGGGUUACGCCGCCUUGAAGAGUACCAGGGACGAGUUCAGCAGGAGUCUGAAGAACGCCAAACUGCAAUACAAACUGAAACGACCGCCCGUGAUAAUGGAUCUGAAGGACUCCGUCUACGCAGCCAAAGCUGUGAUGAGCGAAUUCGACGUGAGAAAACGGUUUUUCGAGUCGGUGAUGGUGAUCAUAAGGAGGUGCUUGUCAUUCGUGUUUCUGAAGAUCAUCCUGAACGCCCAAAGCUAUCACGAUAAAUACUUGACCGACAUCGAGCACGACAACGUCUACGUGACGCCGUACUUCCGGCGAAUCGACGCCAGAAGAAAAGCAAGAGGCAGCGGGACGUUGCUGCCAUUGAAGAAGAUCGAACGGAAAAAAUUCGUCGAUCCUUACAGCUGGAAGCCUAGCAAGGCAGAGGGAUUUCACACGACAGGCCAAAUCGUCAAGCUGCUUCUUCAAAUUACCGCUGCUACCGUCUUCGUUAUUUUAGAUAGCCUCUUCUAUGAAACGUUGGACCUGAUUAGAAGGCAUGCUCAUAUCGAGUAUAUGCAGGUGGGUCACCACGACUUGUCGCUGGAGAUCCGUGGCACAGGAGUGAUAGCGUCGCUGAUCAGAAGCGCAGUGCGCGGCUUCAACGUGAAGAAGCACAUAAAAACCGUCACCUCGAACGAAGCCUGUCUUCCGAGGCCCACGAAACUGUUCCCUCGCGUCCUUUUCCAAAUUUACGGGACCUUCUUCGCCAUUUUCGUUUUGAUCGUCGUCUCUGUUUACACGCAGAGAACUCGUCGCGGCAUCUGCUCGUUCUUCUACAGAAAAAGGGAGAAAAGACGAGUGUUGUACCUUUACAACGAGAGUCUCCGUCGCAGAAUCGGUUUCGCGAAGUUCACGAAAGCCAAAGUGAAGAGUCUGGUGAGAACUCGUCGUUUGGAGUACGACGUCGACUUCUGGAUGUCGCUCAGACAGAAAUGGCCGAAGCGGUUCGAAUGGCUGAAAUUCUUUGCCUGCGCCAGGGAAAGAUGCUUGAUUUGCGGCGAAGUGGAGCCAAGGAAGGGACCACCCUAUCGACAGUGCACCACGCCUGGUUGUCCUUUCGUUCAUUGCGCCGAGUGCUGGAGGGACGUUGGAAAGAUCUGUUACGCAUGCGCAGAGUUACCCGAUACCGAUUCCGAAGGAUACGACACGCAACGCAGCGAGCUUUAAUUUUAAUUAGACGUCGAAUUCGAUGCGUAUUGUGCGAAUAGAGAUUGCGAUUAUAAUUCAUUCUAAAAUGAUGUAUUUACGUCAAUUGAUGUAUUCAUCCUAGGAAUCGUCGAUCAAGUAUUUCGGAUCGUAUCGUACUCUACAUUAUUCAUUCUUGUAUUCCAUAUUAUUACAUCGCGCGCUGUAUAUGAUGUCGGAUUCCACAUUUUUUACAGUUCAACACUUGAUGUUAGAAUAUUUCAUAUUUUUAGCAGAGCUGUAAAUUCUUAAUUAACUUGCCAUUACAAUUACUCUGUCGCGUGUAAUUGGUAUUCGCGAUUACUUAACUACUGCCAGUAAUCCAAUAAACUUUUUAAUAACUACUUGUAACUGUCCAGAAAGUAGUUAAAAGGCGUCUCGAAUCUGAAGUAGUUAAAAAUACCUUGAAGUAGUUAUAAUUACUUUUUCAUUACUUUUAUGGGUAUUUUUAACUACAUUAGAUUUGGGAUACCUUUUGAUUAAUCUGUAAUUAAGAAUAAGGUAUCGCAUUAUUACUAGAAACAAAGUAGUUAAUAGUGUAGUAAUGUAGGAUGUUGUGAUCUAAUUGUACGUAAAAAAUAUAAAAUGUACAAAUGUGGAACGUGGAAUGUAGUAAUGUAGUGUAGCAGUAAUGUAAAAUAUAACGACGUAGUUCUAGAUAAAUAUUAGCAAAAGUA